UUACUUAAAUUUAAAAAAAGAUAAAAAUGCAAAUAGAGGCCGAUAUGUUGUAGGUGAUGGAUAAAGCUAGAUUAUAGCAUCGUAAUUUAAGAGAUUUAGGUGUAGCAUAAGUGGUGAUGACUUUCCCCGGCCACAAUCCUCAUCUCUUCAGCUGGAAGGGGUGCACACCAUCCGCAGAGACGAUGCGCCGGAAGAAUGGUGAUGUUGAUCAGUGGAUGAAGCGAGUGGAGAUGGCUUCUGCAUUUGCUGUGUCAGAAGUUUUCUCCCACAAGAAAAUUAAAUCAGCGAUAAACAGCCAUGCAGUGGCACUGCAAAGCACUGACCAGUUGCAAGAUCAUGAUGAAGCUUACAGUGAAGCUCAGGCUAUUCUGAGUGACUGGAUGAACAAGAAGUUGCGGCUGGAGAUGGAGAUGGAGCCGGACCAAGAUGAUGACCUGAUUAGCUCCGCUGAGAGAAGCAGUCCUGUUGUGUUGGCUACUGCUCAGCCCACGGCCCUGGACUACAGCAGCUUUGAUGAGCUGUACAACCACUUGGCUGAGGAACAGGAGGACAGCAUGAUAAACAGCUUCCUUCAAGACCUGAUGGAACAUGACGUGUUAGACUCUGGAGCAGCGCAGCGCCUGGCAUCAGACGCCGAACAGAAUAGGAAGAAAAUGAGAGACCCCAGCAUCAGCAUGGAGGCACGGCAUCAGCAGGUGCGCGAGAACAGGGCACGACGGGACGCUGAGAGGCUGGAGCAGCAGAGAGAGAAAGAGGCCCAGCGGGCGGCCAGAGUGGAGGCAAAACGUAGGGAGCGAGAGGAGGAGAUGAGGAGGAGGCACGAGGCACGUAAGCAGGAGGAGAUGCUGCAGCAGGAGAUGGUGAGACUGCGGCGCCAGAUGGAGGAGAAGAAAAGCCUGGAACAGAUGGUUAGACAGAGAGAGAGGGAGAAGCUGGAGAGGCAGAGUGCAGCCAGGAGCCUCCAGUCAGGGCCUCCACCUCCCAAAAAACAGCAGCACCAGGAUGAGGAGCGGCUGUACAAAGAGCAGCAAAUUCAAACCCUGGUUCACAUACACAAUCUCAAGUGUCUGCAGAGGCAUUUCUCUGGAUGGUAUUCGCUGCUGCUGGAGCGAAGGAUGCGAAUGGGUAAAGUUGCAGCCCUCAGUGACUGGAAGAGACAGCUGAGAGCAUGGAGAGCGUGGCGGGCACUGGUGUGGGCACAGCAAAAGCAGCGAGAGGAAGAGAGAACAGAGGAGGAGCUGCGAGCAGAAAACAGACGAUGCCAGCAGGCCACGGAGAACAACCGGAGGCGAUUGCUAAGGCGAUGUUUGAAUGAUUGGCGGCUGUGGUGUCGGAUGGAAAGGGAGCAACGAGAGAUUUUGGCCCGGCAGGAGGAAACUCGGCACAAGAUGGCUGCCCUGAUCAAUGCUGCAUCAGCAGGCAAACUCAACACUGCCAAAAGCACCGCUUGUAAGGCACUGAUGGCUCCAGCUGAGGCAUCCGACCAACCAGAGACCACUAAAAAGGAAGAUCACCACAGGUCAGGCAGUCCAGCCCCUGUUGCUCCCCCAGCACAUCAGGAAAACCUCCCGGUGGGUGCUGUGACCCAGCCGACACAGCCUUGGCAGGUGAGCCGACGGCAUGCGGCGCUGACUGCUGGCGAGCUCCGCCGGGCACGACGGAGAGGUGAGGCGGGCGGUGGUGCCAGCUCCACCUGUUCUCAACGUGCAGCGUCACUGGGCAGCCACUUUGAGCACAGGCACGCCGUCCAGCAGCAGACCAUCACCCAGCAGAGGAAGCUCCUCAGGGAGCAAAAAGAGCAAAUUGCACAGCUGCAGGAGGAGCAGACCAUAAUGAGAGUGAAACUGGACGUGCAAAGAACUGCACAGCUGACACAACAGGCACCUCCUGCCCCCUCCAGGCCAGAGGGGCUCAACUUUGACCCCGAAAAACAGAGGGCACUGAGGGUCACUGGAGAAUCUGAUGACCACUGCUCACCUCCCAGGAGAGCAGUCACCCGCCAGCCUUGCCCCCAUCCCAUCAUCAUGGCCAUGGAGGAGCGUGCUCAUCAACGUGCAGAGCGAAGGAGGGAAGUAGAGGAACUCAAGAGAAAGAAGGAAGAGGAAAAGCUGGCUCAGAUGAAAGCGGCUGAGGAGGAGAGAAAGAGGGAGGAGGAGGAGGAGAAACACAGAGCAGCCGAGAGGAGGAAAGAAGAGAAAAGGCAGGAGAGAGAGAGGGAAGAAAAAAAGCAGCAGCAACUGAAGCGGGACCAGGAACUGCAGACCCUAGCCCGACAGCACUAUCGCAGGACCUUGUUAUUUCGGCAAGGCCUGGCGCCAUGGAAACGCCUCAUUCAACUCAGGCAAACCAACAUGCAGCUGGCUGAAUGCCAUCACAAUCUUUCUCUCCUGAGGCGGUGCACGCUAGCCUGGCAGCAAUUUGCAGACGAGUCCCUUUCUCAGAAAGAAGCCUCAGCCGACCAACUGCACCAGCACUUUCUGCUUCGAAGGAGCUUGAGCUGUUGGAAAAGACUGAAGGACUGGCAGAUGAUUCAGGAGGAGAGAGCCAACCGUUUCCACCGCCAACACACUUUGAGGAGGGUCCUACUGGCACUCCUGGACCAUGUGAUGCAGGAAAGGCUUGCAGAGUGGGACCGCCAGGAACUGGCUCAGCAGUACAGUGACAGACGAGUGUUGCGGGGAUGUUUCCGGGCCUGGCGGCAGUUUCCCUGUCUGCAGCGCAAGGAGCGAGAGAGGGAGAUGCGGCGGGAGCAGCUGAGACGGAAAGUGGCUGAAGUUCUGCCUGACUUCCGCUCUUCUCCGCUGCAGUGGCCCCCGGGGAAAAGCCAAACUGCAGGCGACAAAACAUAUACAGAUGUAGACGACGCACGUGCACACAACCACAUCUCAUAACAUGUGAAUGCAGAGCGCACAAUCACACCCAAACAAGCAGAGAAUACAUGCGCAUAUUCAAUUUCUCCCUUUCUCUCACACUCACAAAAAUGCACAAAAUUGAAUCUACACACUGACAAGCAGAAUUUAAUUUCUGAAGCUGUCAUAAAUUUGUAUUGGAGAAUUUAUUUUUCUGUAAGCUGAUUGAGUAGUUUUUCAUUUCAAGACAAUCCAUUCCAAGACUGGCCUGAUUAUCUGAUUUGUGUUGAGAGAUGUCAUUUGUCUGUUUGAUAAAUUUCCAUGACCCAUUUCACAAAGCUGCACAUUAAAGCCAAAGUUAGGUUUCUUUA